GCUGCUGCCCGCCGCAUACGCGCCGAGCUCUCUUCGGCGGCGGUGGGGCGGCGGUUUCACGAGCUGCUGCUGCGGGGCGUCUGUGGGGAGGGGGGCGAGGAGGAGGGGUUGGGCGAGGCGGAGGCGGGGAAGGAGGAGGAGGAAGCAGCGGCGGCGGAGGAGGAGGCGGCGGAGGGAGAGCAGGAGGAGGAGGAGGCGGAGGCCGAGGCGGGGCAGGAGGGCGAGGGCGAGGAGGAGGAGGAGGAGGAGGCAGCGGCAGGGCAGGAGGGCGAGGGUGAGGAGGACGAGGGCGAGGGGUCGUCCGUGUCGAUCAGCGAGUGGCUGCCAUCGCCCGGGCGCGGCAGCCGCGUCGCCUCCGCCGCCGACCCCGCCGCCGCCAACGCGCCGCCGCCACCCUCCACCACCACCACCGCCGCCGUCACUGCGGUUGCGCGUCACUCGGAGUGCACAGGGGAGAACGCGCUUCUGAUGCGGACUCGGGAGGACGGCGUGUGCAGCAACGACGGCGCAGGAGCAGGAGCAGGUGGGGAAGCAGGAGCAGGGGGCGAAUGGGGAGCAGCAGCAGCAGCAGGAGGAGGAGGAGGAGGAGGAGGAGGCGGCGGAGACGGAGGAGCAGGUGUUGAUGGAGUGACUGGGUGGAGUUUGGUCGGAGGAGGCGAGGGGACGGCCGCCGACGCGAGGGACUCGCAGGAAAGCUGGGACGCCUCCGAGCUGGACUGGUUCGUCAAAGCACGCGAGCAGGACGCCGGCGCGGUGGCGGCGCUGCUGAAGCGAGACCGGCAGCGCCUGUCGGCGGAGGCGCGAGGACUGGCGGCGUCGGACCCGCUGCCAGCGUGGGUGCUCGUCUGCUCGGACAGAGUGGUGCUGCGAGAGGGCGCGCUGGCCGUGCUGAAGCGCGGCGGGUGGCACUUUAAGUUCCCAGACACCAACGUCUUCUUCCUGCUGACGCGCCACGCCGACGGCGCCGUCACCCCGAAAGAAGCAGAUCUGCAGCGAGGGAAACUGCCGCAGCACGCCGUCGUACUGGCGCGCACCUCUGGCGCUCCCUCGCCGCUACCAUCUCUGUCUGUGAACGGAAGCCCGUCGGAGAUCCGCGCGAUUGAGAGCGUUAAGACAAAGGUGAACAAUCAUGCUGACGACUCUUGUGAUUGGCAACAGGAAGCCGUCGGAGCUCCACGCACGCUGGGGAUGAAGCUCAAGCACGACGUGAUGGCCGACCACAUCCCGAGCUAGUAGCUGCUCGAGGCAGCGCUAUUGGGCCUGCUCUCCGGCAGGCUCUCCUACUGUAAAUUCUUUUCUUUUCUCGCACGCGCCUUGCCUGUCGAAUCGUGUUCGUGUGUGUGAGUGACAAUUCUUG